CUACAGUUCUUGGACAUGCCUCUAAAAAACAAGAGGAAUCUGCGGUAUCUGCUGAUCCUGAUGCCGGAGGACGGGUUGUAGAAGAAGAUGUGUAUGAUGCCAUUCAUUCCCUAUCAAGUAGAACAUUCUCAAUGAGUGGAAGCAUUCAUGGUCCAGCUACUAGAGAUUCAACAUCACGACCAUUGCUGUCGAAAACAAGAUGGUCUGAUCUUGCAGGAUCUGCAUCGCUAACAGGGAGUACAACAAGCACAACCUUCGCAUCCGCUGCCGGAGCAUCAAGUAGUACAACUACAACCGCAGAAGUGCAUGAGCUUCCUGCUGCUCGUGCUCCCGAAGUAGAGCAGGAAGCAUCAACAUUAUUGGCGAAGAAGAAGAAAAAGAAAGACAAGAAAGAGAAAAAAGAAAAGAAAGACAACAAAGAAAAAAAGGAGAGGAAGAGCAAGGAUAUUCCAUCGAACUCGCACACAGAAGACGCGGGACUGUUAUCUGUGAAACAAGAACUAUUGUCGAACCUUGUAAUACCAGAGAACAGCGCAAAAUUAAGGGUAGGUUAAAGGUGCUUUUGUUACCGUUUGUUAUGGCUCUCUCCCUUAGGUGGGGACAACCAUAACAAUCGGGACAAACGAACACCAAAAACCUACGUCUUCUAACAAAAACUACCUUGAAAAUAAAACAAGAAGAAUAUAGGAGCAAUGCCAGCGAUGCCGCGACCGACCAAGAUGGAACCACGAUGGAAAAAAUGCUCGAUGGCAAAAAACCAACUUCCGCCGGACCAUCAUCGAGAGCAGCAUCGCGGACUAGUACAAAGAGCUCGUCUAGGAACCCUACCGAUAUUAAGGCUGGUUUAAAGGUGUUCUUGCUACCGUUCGUUUUGCCUUUCUGAAGCGGAGACGGCAUAACGAACGGGGUAAACGAACACCAAAAGCAUACCGCUAAAAACAAUGUGAAGGUUGAAGAAGGAUCGACUACAGGCACAGGCAGUGCUAGUCGUGCAAGGAUCAAAACUCGAUCUACUUGUACUGCGAACAUCAAGGUCGAAUCUUCUCCGUCUACAAGUGCAACCGACCCAGCAGAGGACGAUGAUAAAACUCGACUGGAGGACGCCGCAAAGCGCAUCGUCACAUUUUCGGAAGAAGAAGUAUGGUUGCGCUUUAGUGAGAAGGAGCAAAAAAUCAUCAAAGAUGCUUUCGAAGCAGGCUGUUUUCAUUAGAGCAUCGCAUCUUUAAUUUGUGAGUUCGACUCGUUGCUUGCCUCCUGUUGCUAACCUAACAAUUCGAUCUAGAUUCAUCUGACGGUCAACACGACAAGAAAAACGUGCACGGGUACUUACGUGUACCCAAGAAAUGUAGGACUAGCAAAUGAAACCACUUGGGACUGCUCUAAGUGUAGGAAAUGAAACGACUUUGGACUGCUCUAGCUCAACAUAAAAAAUUCUAAUUUCCAAAAGAUAUCGAGAAAAAGUCGCGAGUUCUCAGAGAGAUAACGAAAAAGGGAGAGGAGGCACUCGCAGCACUGGAAAAGCAGAUUAAAGGCGUGAAAAGGGCAAGCGCCAGAGCGGAGCUUAAGGCUCUAGGCCAUAUAUACUCUACCUAGAAAUCUGAUGAUGACAUCAAGUGUUUGAAGUCGAGAGGUUAUUGCUCGGAUGUUACGGGAACAAUAGUCUUAUGGGAACAAUAGUGUUUGAAGUCUUAUACGGGAACAAUAUCCAUUUACUUUUGAAGCAGGUAAAGAAAUAGACAUGAAUGAUGGAGUUGUUGAGCCCUGAAAUGAACUCUAAGGAAUGGCGUAACAAAAUGAAUUCAAGUGCUCGUGAAGAAGCUGAAGAUCGUACAGAGCUGGACGAGAACAUCGAAGAUUGCAAGAUGAAGAUAAAGAAGGAGAACAACGACCCACAGCCACACUAGCUCAACAAGACGACCUUCCCGAAAAGAGCAUAGUUAGAGCAUGAUAUUGGUAAGAAAAGGGACAGAACUAGUUUGAAACUAGAGAUAGAAAGAGAGUGGGACAGAUGAAGACAGAGUUGUACGAGUAGAACAACUAGAGUGGGCUAAGUUUUGGGCGCAACAUGAAUACUUACAAUUGUCCAGCGCAACAGUAUUGAUGAACUCUAGUCAGUUCUUCGAUACGUUCUUCCCCGUUCCCAUUAUUAUUGUUCUUCACGUGAUGAAUGAAUGAAAAAGGAAAAUGAAAGACCACUUAAUUUAGCUUUACCCACAAGAAGCUUGUAAUACUAGAAAGAUUCCCCAUGCGUGGAGGCACACGCACACUAUCACGAUGUCAUGACCACACCUAUCACAAUGUCCUCAUAUUACUUUGCGCCUCUAUUUUCCCUUAGCACUAAUCAAUUGGACUAUUAUCUACUUUCCUUGGCAGGCACUAGUUUCUAUUUUUCUGAGCACUGAUUUUUUAGAUUUGAUCAUAUUAUUCUUAGCACCCACCCACGAGUACACACCAUGAUGAAUUUCUGUGGUCUCAAUACUUUAUGAUUUCGAAGUCGUACUAAAGGAUGAAAUCAACUGCCGCACCACUUCUGUAGUAGUAAAUUCGGGUUUUAUCCUUUCUUCAGACGAGAUCAAAGAACAAACUCCAUUCAAGAGGUCUUUCCACUUGACUUCUUAAUAUGGUUAUAUCUUAUGAAGAUAAUCUUGAUGAUCUAUUUUCAUUUAUUCAUCAAGCGAUCUAUUUUCAUGUGCC